ACAAAAGAGGGGCAGGGAUGGCGCAUUUGGGACGCGGCGCCGGGGCUGGGGGCGGGGCGCCCGGCCUGGGGACAGCUUCCUGUAGGCUGCUGGCCUGGGGCAAAGGGCUGCUCGGUCUCAUUCAGGGCGCACUGGGGAGCGCCAUGGCACUGCGGGGCAUCUCGGUCGUGGAGUUGGCCGGCUUGGCCCCGGGCCCGUUCUGUGCUAUGGUCCUGGCGGACUUCGGGGCGCAGGUGGUGCGCGUCGAGCGGCCGGGCUCCCACUACGACAUGAGCCGCUUGGGCCGAGGCAAGCGCUCGCUGGUGCUGGACCUGAAGCAGCCGCGGGGAGCAGCCGUGCUGCGGCGUCUGUGCGCGCGGUCGGACGUGCUGCUGGAGCCCUUCCGCAGCGGUGUCAUGGAGAGACUCCAACUUGGCCCAGAGAUUCUGCAGCGGGAUAAUCCAAGGCUUAUUUAUGCCAGGCUGACUGGAUUUGGCCAGUCAGGAAGCUUCUCCCGGUUAGCUGGCCAUGAUAUCAACUAUUUGGCUUUGUCAGGUGUUCUCUCAAAAAUCGGCAGAAAUGGUGAGAAUCCGUAUGCCCCGCUGAAUCUCCUGGCUGAUUUUGCUGGUGGUGGUCUUAUGUGCGUGUUUGGCAUCAUGAUGGCUCUUUUUGAACGCACACGCUCUGGCAAGGGUCAGGUCAUUGAUGCAAAUAUGGUGGAAGGAACAGCUUAUUUAAGUUCUUUUCUGUGGAAAACUCAGAAAUCAAGUCUGUGGGAAGCACCUCGAGGACAGAACAUGUUGGAUGGUGGUGCACCUUUCUAUACGACUUACAGGACAGCAGAUGGGGAAUUCAUGGCUGUUGGAGCAAUAGAACCCCAGUUCUACGAGCUGCUGAUCAAAGGACUUGGACUAAAGUCUGAUGAACUUCCCAAUCAGAUGAGCAUGGAUGAUUGGCCAGAAAUGAAGAAGAAGUUUGCAGCUGUAUUUGCAAAGAAGACAAAGGCAGAGUGGUGUCAAAUCUUUGAUGGCACAGAUGCCUGUGUGACUCCGGUUCUGACUUUAGAGGAGGUUCUUCAUCAUGAUUACAGCAAGGAACGGGGCUCGUUUAUCACCAACGAGGAGCAGAACAUGAGCCCCCGCCCUGCACCUCUGCUGUCAAACACCCCAGCCGUCCCUUCUUUCAAAAGGGAUCCUUUUGUAGGAGAACACACUGAGGAGAUACUUGGCGAAUUUGGAUUCAGCCGCGAAGAGAUUGAUCAGCUUAAGUCAGAUAAAAUCAUUGAAAGUAAUAAGGCUGGUAGCAAGUUCUGGAUCUUAUACCCACACACAGCAAUAUCCAGAAAUAAAGAUCUCAGGAGUCCCCAGCAAGUCGUCUUGUGUCUCCUUGGACUGAGUUAAGUUACAAGCCUUUCUUAUGCCAAUCUUUGAAAAAGAAGAUAAGCUAACAAUGAGCACCUAGUUUUAUGUCUUUACAUAAAACCAGCCUGCUCCCGGAGCUUCCCUGGAUUCAACUUCCUAAAGGCAUGUGAUGAAGGGGAAGAUUCCACAAUCUAAUCCAGGUGCCAUCAGAGUAGAGGGAGUAGAGAAUGGAUGUUGCGUAGGCCAUCAAUAAGGUCCAUUAUGCACAGUAUCUCAACUGUCCUUCAGCAAUCAAUUGUAAGGGGAAGGUGGGGCAGGUUUCUUCAUUUUACAGAUGAGAAAACAGACUCAGAAGGGUUUCUUAGUUCAUGUUUCCCUUAGCGCCUCGGUAAUUUUUUCAUGGUGACUUAGGCCAAAUUAAAUAAUCAUUCAAUUUAUAAAUAAUUAGGUCCCAACAAAUUAAAUAUUUAUGUCCUACCAACUUAUUAGUUGUUUAAAAAUAUAAUACACAUAAAAGAAAAUAUAUUUUUCAUUUCUGUUUCAUUGUUAAUCACAACUACUUACUAAGGAGAUGUAUGCACCUAUUGGACAGUGUGCAACUUCUCACCUGGAAUGAGAUCGGACACUGCUGCCCUCACUUUCUGCUCCAUGUUAAUGUCCAUAUAGUACUUGCUUUUCUAUCAGACUGACUGGGAAACCCAGUCUCACAAAAAUAUGAAAUUAUCAGAAGGAUUGUAGUGCAAUCUUAUGUUGAAGGCAUGAACUACCUCAUUAGUAGUUCAUGUGAUGUCUGACAGAUGUUGAGUUUCAUUGGGUUUAUGUGUUCAAAUUUUUAAAUAUUAUGAGAUACUCUUGUGAGGUCACUCUAAUGCCCUGGGUGCCUUGGCACAGUUUUAGAAAUACCAGUUGAAAUUAUUUGCUCAGGAAUAUGCAACUAGGAAGAGGCAGAAUCAGAGCUUAAGCUUUCAUAUUCUGGCCUUCAGUCUUGUUCAUCAACGAUUUUUAGGAACUUUCCCAUAAGGUUGUGUUUUCCAGCCCAGGUAUGGAGGAUCACUUGAGGCCAAGAGUUCAAGACCAGCCUGGGGAAUAUAGCUGGACCUCCAUUUCUACAAAAUAAAAAUAAAAAAAUUAUCCAGGUAUGGAGCUGUGUGCCUGUAGUCCUAGCUGCUUAAGGGUGGGGCAGGAGGAUCACUUGAGCCCAGAGUUUGAGGCCACAGUGAAUUAGGAUUGCGCCACUGCACUCUAGCCCAGGCAACAGAACAAGACCCUGUUUCUAAAUAAAUAAAUAAAUAAAUAAAUAAAUAAUAAAAAGAUUGCUUUCCCUACAA